AUGGAGAACAUAGCAUUGGACAUUAUUCACCGAUGGAACUCCGAGGAAGUUCGGCAGAAGAUGAUCUUCGCCGGCGAUCGGCCAGAGGCGGAGGGCUACCUCCAAGCCGUCGACGUAAUUCAGCGCUCAUACGACGAGGCCGCCAUCGCCAUCGCCAUGUCACGCUUGCAAAACGAAUUCCGUAACUUUCUCAUCUUCCACACCAACCCCUCUUCUUCCCCUCACCAUCCCAGCACCACCGAAGAAGAAACGAAACACCGAAACGGUUUUGGUUGCUUCUUAAAUCUCCGCUUCAACGCUUCAACUUCAGCAAAACGACAGGAUGCUGUUAAUGAUCGUAAGCUUCUUCGCUUUGUCGAGAUAACUUACGAUGCUAUCUACGACCUGCGUUGCAUCGCGGAAAGGAUGAUAUCAUCUGGAUACUUGUGCCACUGCGUCCAUGUUUAUGCCAGCGUUAGGAAAUCUGCCAUUUUUGCCAAUUUCCAGAGGUUGGGCAUAGGUGAUGUGAAGCUUCCGGUUAAGGCCAAGAUCCAGCGCUGGAUAAACACUUCUACGGUCUGUGUUAGGACCUUGUUUGCCAGCGAGAAGAAGCUUUGCGAGCAAAUCUUUGAUGGGGUUGGUUCUGAAAUUGAUCGUGCUUGCUUCAUGGAAACUGUGAAGGAACCUGCCAUUCAGCUUCUCAACUUUGCUGACGCUACUUGCAAAAGCCCCACCACAUCCCCUGACAUGCUGUUCAUGAUUCUAGACCUGUAUGAAGCUUUGUCUGAUUUCCAUGAUAUCUUUAACUUCAAAUCCGGCGAGUCCAUACGUGUUACAGCUGCUGAGGUUCUGCCUCGGUUGGCCGAAACUGUAAGAGAGACUUUGUCUCUGUUUAAAAAAACCGUGGUUGAGGACAAGUCUAAGGAUGUUGUCCCUGGGGGAGCAAUUCACCCCUUCACCACCCAUGUCAUGAAUUAUUUAAAUUUUAUCUCUAAUUACAAGAAAACUAUGAAUGAGCUUAUAGUGUCUAACCCAUCAUUAUCAUUAUCAACUGGGUCUAUUUUUGACUUGGAAUUGGCUUACAUCUUAGAUCAGGAAGCUGGUAAAACCCCGUUCGGUAUUCACUUGAUUUGUUUUAUUGAGAUGUUGCAAUAUAAGUUGAAGGGUAAGUCAAAGCAAUAUAAGGACUCAUCUUUGUCUCAAGUGUUCAUGAUGAACAAUAACCACUACAUUUUUAAGAAGGUAGAAGGGUGUUCUGAAUUGAUGGACAUAAUUGGAAAUGAUUAUUUGGAUAAGCUGAAGCAGAAAUUCCAUGAGGCCAGCGAAAACUACCAAAAAGCAACUUGGGAGAGGGUGUUGGGUCGUUUAAGUGAGUUUUUUCUUGUUAAUGAAAGUAUGAUAAAAACCGACAUAACGGCCUUCAAUAUCAUGUUUGAGAAGGUUAGAAGGAGUCAUGGUGGUUGGGUAAUACCGGAUUUGCAACUGAGGAAGGAACUUCGAAUGUCUAUAUUAGUGAAACUGCUCCCAGCAUAUAGUGCAUUUAUUAGGCGGAACUCACGCCUCUUUCAGAAAGGAUAUUUAGUGAAAUACCUUGAGUAUUCUCUUCAGGACUUGGAGGACACUGUCUUGAAAUUUUUCGAAGGAACCCCUGUUUCCAAACACUCCAGGAGGAGAUACACUGAUCGAGUCAAAUUUCUUGCAGACAUUGUAUCUUCGCCAGCCCAAUCUAGUGACGAAGAACUUAUCAGUGACUCACUCCAUGCCACCUGCGGUUCAGUGUGCUCGGAGAGUAGCAGCUGA